UGAGUUUGGUCCCUUAUUUAAGGACAAUUCUUUUCUGCUUGGAAAUGGCACUAAGGGGUGGUGGGAGAAGGAUAACAAUGGCAAAAUUUAUUCUUGUUUUGGCCACCUUCAUUGGAUUAUGCAGUUUCACAUAUGCUUUCUCAGCUUCAAGUUGGACCAAUGCCCAUGCCACCUUCUAUGGGGGUAGUGAUGCCUCAGGAACUAUGGGAGGAGCAUGUGGGUAUGGGAAUCUGUAUGCAACUGGGUAUGGGACGAGAACUGCGGCUUUGAGCACAGCCUUGUUCAAUGAUGGAGCCUCAUGCGGAGAAUGCUACAAGAUCAUCUGUGAUUACAAAGCAGACUCAAGAUGGUGCAUCAAAGGAAGAUCAGUCACCAUAACCGCCACAAACUUUUGCCCUCCUAACUUUGAUCUUCCCAAUAACAAUGGAGGGUGGUGCAACCCACCUCUGAAGCACUUUGAUAUGGCUCAACCAGCAUGGGAAAAGAUUGGCAUCUACAGAGGAGGCAUCGUCCCCGUCCUGUUCCAAAGGGUGCCAUGCAAGAAGCAUGGAGGGGUUAGAUUCAGCAUAAAUGGGAGAGACUACUUUGAGUUAGUGUUGAUAAGCAAUGUGGGAGGUGCUGGAUCCAUCCAAUCAGUGUCCAUAAAGGGAUCAAAAAGUGGGUGGAUGGCUAUGUCAAGAAACUGGGGUGCUAACUGGCAAUCCAAUGCAUAUUUGAAUGGCCAAUCUUUGUCAUUCAGGGUCACUACUACUGAUGGAGAAACUAAGCUUUUCAAUGACAUUGUUCCAUCUAACUGGGGAUUUGGCCAAACUUUCUCUAGCCCUGUUCAGUUCUCAUAAGAAUCUUCACAUUUAUUUUUACCAUAACCAGAGCGGCUGAGGCGUGCUUAAUUAUUUUAUUGGAGCAGCCCGCCAUCUUCUUCUUCUUAAUUUGGUGGAUUAUUGUUUCCAAUAAGCAUGCAUAUUGAUGUAAUUUCAACUUGUUUAAAUUUAUACCAUAAAUUGUUCUAAUAUGAAUCAAUACUCUUUCUUUGUACCU